AUGAAUGCUCCAAAAGUGUUGUGCUUUUGGCUAAUUUUUGCAGUGUUGCUCUUUGAUGGUCAGAGAUUUUCAGUCUAUGCGCAGGCCGGUGGUGUCAUCGGGGGCGCAGGGAUUUUGGUUCAACGAGCUGCUUUCUGUUUCAACAAUAACCUUCUCUAUAGAGGAUGCAAUGAAGAGUUCAGACUAAACCAAGGAGGAGAAUUCAAGGUUCCACCUGGGGAAACAGACAGGUUCUGCAACAGUCCUUGUUCUGCAGAGACAGAACUCGUGCUUCAAUGCAUCAACAGCGUCAUGUCCGAUUUCGUGUUCUACAAUCGGGCUACACCGAGAGAUGUGAGGAACGCUCUCCGUGGUGGCUGCAGCAACUCCUUCACACGAGGGAACUUCAAUGUAGGAGAUUAUGCUCAAGGUCUCUUUUUUGGCAAGGCCAAGAGAAAGCUGCCUGGUUUUUUCAUUGGACUAGUUCUCGGUUUUGCGCCGUUGAUCCUGUAA